UAGGUGACAAUGGAGGUUGGAGCUGUCGCUGCUUUAAGGUACGUGAAGGACGGCAUCAGAGCUGCUAGAUUAGUAAUGCAGCAUACUAAACACACUUUGCUUGUUGGAGAGCAAGCCUCUGCAUUUGCUUUAUCAAUGUGUCUCCCGGGACCCACAAACCUUAGUUCAUCCGAGUCUUUGGGGAAGUGGAGUAAAUGGAAGGAAAAUCGCUGCCAACCUAAUUUUAGGCAAAAUGUUGUACCUAUCAAUAGUUGUGGUCCAUAUCAUCCAAGGGAUUCUCUUGGCCUAACUAAAGGGGCAUGUUCCAAAGCCAAGCUUAUGGAAACCAUUGAAUUUAGAUCAUCCCUCGUUGGUCUUCACAACCAUGACACUAUAGCAAUGGCUGUCAUUGAUAGAAUGGGGCACCUUGCCGUUGGUACAUCGACUAAUGGAGCAACAUAUAAGAUCCCUGGCAAGGUAGGUGAUGGACCCAUUGCAGGAUCUUCAGCAUAUUCUGAUGACGAAAUUUUGCGAAAUUGGUGCAUGUGA